AUGGCGCAUGCAGAGCUAACUGCGAAAGAGUUUACACUCAAAACCUUCGCUGCAGAAACAGACACCAUGGGUAAGCUUGAGCCGUUGAGAGCACCCCCGUUGGCGGCAAAGCGAAAAUCCGAGGCCUCUACAGAAACGGCUGCCCACCAACCCUCGGUGCCAGCCUUCGUGUUUGCCUCCACGCUAUGUGUAUCUGUAUACACGUCUACGUUGGGUAUAUCUGUGGAUCUGCCUCUCUGCUCAGCUCUUCCCCAAGAAAGCCUGCCGCAGCAGGCUGUCGUUAGAGUGCUGCCGUUCGUGCAGCGGUAUGCGUGGGGAUGCCCAGCAGACACCGCAGUUGUUGCGGCCCUUGCGAAGCGCACAAAAGGCUGCAUCAACUAUGAUGCACAGGAAGAGGCGUCUCGGGAGCAGCAAGGAGGAUCCACAGACUCCCGUCCUUUCGCGGAGUUGUGGAUAGGAACGCAUCCUAAUGGCUGUGCAUACGUCAUGCCCGUGGAGGCGGAUGCCUUUCUAUCGAGGGGCCCCCAAAGGCAAGUCACUGCACCGAAGCAACAACAUACGCAGCAGGAGAAGCAACAACAUGCACAGCAGGAGAAGCAACAACAUACGCAGCAGGAGAAGCAAAGAGAGGCUUCUGGCCUGCCGUUUCUGCUGAAGGUUCUCUCCGUUGCGACUCCGCUUUCAUUGCAGUCACACCCAGACAGAGCUUUGGCUGCACGGCUGCAUGCGGAGCAGCCGCUGGAGUACCGUGAUGCAAAUCAUAAACCUGAGAUGGCGAUCGCGAUUGGGGAGUUUGCAGCUCUCGCAGGCUUCAGACAGCCAGCGGCAGUCGCUGCACUGCUGCAACAAACUCCAGAACUGAGACAGGCACUUGGUCAGCAAUUUAUGCAGUCUGAUGUCGGUCGGAAGUUUCAAACGCUCCCGCAGCAGCAGCACCAGGACGGAAAGGAAGCAGCUCAUAUGCUCAAGGCUGCAUUCGCUGCCCUGUUGCAGAUCGACCUUGAGCAGAACCAGCAGGCACACAGUCGGAUUCGAGAGCAGCAAGCCGCUCUCAAAGACUUGCAUGCGCGACUUCUGAAGGAGCCGCCUCCAGACCCCACAAGAGCGUCGCAGCCACAGCUGCAGCAAGAAGCGGAGUGGGUAGCUCUGCAGCUUUUGCAGGCGUAUCCAGCCGACAUUGGCUGCUUUGCUGCCUUCUUCUUGAACUUGGUCUUGCUGAAGGACGGGGAGGCGCUCUUCAUUCCUCCGAAUUACUUGCACUGCUACCUCAAAGACAAUGUCAUUAGGGGCGGUCUGACUUCCAAGAAAACUUCAGAACCUGCAAAAAUCCUUAAGAAGGCCGUAUAA